AUGGGGAAGAGUAGUGCAAUUCACUCCCCUGGCUCCAAUCACAGCCUAAGCAUGGGCAGUAGCAGGAAGAGGCAGUACAAGGGAGUGAGGAGGAGAAGCUGGGGAUCCUGGGUCUCGGAGAUCAGAGCACCCCAUCAGAAGACGAGGAUAUGGCUUGGCUCUUAUUCGUCGCCGGAGGCUGCGGCGAGGGCCUAUGAUGCAGCUCUUCUCUGCAUCAAAGGCUCGUCAGCCAGUCUCAACUUCCCAGCCUCCCUCCCACCACACCACCUUCCUUCAGCUGCCAUGUCCCCAAAGUCAAUCCAAAGAAUCGCUGCUGCAGCCGCUGCCAAUGCCACCGUUGUAGGAUCAUUUGCAUCUCCUCCUCCUCCUUCGCCUUCUCAAUCCAUGGAUGCCAAUGAAGACCAUCAUCCUAUAAUGACAAGUUCAACUACUUCAACAGCAGACGAAAAGAUGGAUGAUGAAUCUUGGAUUGAAGUUGGAACCUUUCAAUCACCAAAGUUCAUGGAUCAGAUGAUCAACCCACUAAUCUAUUCCUGGGAGGAGUGUGAGGAGAUUGGUGACUUCAACCUAUGGAGCUUCUUCUAAGAAAAUAGCUGUAGGUUUAGAAUUUUUACUACUGUCAUCUUAUGAACACCACAUUUGUUUUAGCUAAUCUAUCUACUAGAUUUGAUCUGUUAAUUUUCCACAAGUUAUUCUAUGAAAAGAUUGCAGGCAGCUGUAUAACUUUGUUCUUAAUGUAUUCUACUGUAAUUU